UCAAAACUAACCAAAAAUCGAAUCAACCAAACCAAACCAAACCCCGAAGUUCUAGGUAUCAUCACCAUUCUACAAAACAUAAUUUUAUUUUAUUUUCAAAAAUCAACAAAUCUCUCAAAUAACCGACGACGACCAUGACCAUCACCACCACCACAACCACUCUACAUCCCAAUCCCGAUUCCUUCUCAACAACCGUAAUGGAGACGGUGAACGGAUCACACCAAUUCACAAUCAAAGGCUACUCUCUCGCCAAAGGAAUCAGCCCCGGGAGAUACAUAGAGAGCGACGUCUUCUCCGUCUCCGGAUACGACUGGGUGAUCUACUUCUACCCCGACGGGAAGAAUCCCGAGGAGAACUCGACGUACGUGUCUCUCUUCAUCGCAUUAGCGAGUGAUUCGAGUGACAUUAGGGCCUUGUUUGAGCUGACGUUGAUGGAUCAGAGUGGGAAAGGGAGGCAUAAGGUUCAUAGUCAUUUUGAUAGGGCCCUUGAAGGUGGGCCUUAUACUCUUAAGUAUAAAGGGAGUAUGUGGGGUUACAAGCGCUUUUUAAGAAGAACAGCUUUAGAAGCAUCUGACUACUUAAAGGAUGAUUGUCUUAUCAUCAACUGUACUGUUGGUGUUGUCAGAGCUCGCCUUGAAGGUCCUAAACAGUUCGGCAUUGUGCCACCACCAUCAAAUAUGGGCCAGGGAUUGAAAGACUUGUUAGAUUCUGAACUUGGUUGUGACAUUGCUUUCCAAGUCGGAGAUGAGACUUACAAAGCUCACAAACUGAUCCUCGCUGCACGGUCGCCGGUUUUUAGAGCUCAGUUCUAUGGACCAGUUGGGAAUAACAAUGUGGGUAGAGUAGUCAUAGAGGACAUGGAGCCUUCUAUCUUUAAGGCUAUGCUUAGCUUCAUCUACACUGAUGUACUUCCUGAUGUGCAUGAGAUUACAGGGUCAACUUCUACCGCUUCAUUCACAAAUAUGAUACAACAUUUAUUGGCAGCUGCUGAUCUCUAUGACCUUGGAAGGUUAAAGAUAUUAUGUGAAGCUUUUCUGUGUGAAGAACUGAAUGUUGAUAAUGUGGCAACAACACUUGCUCUAGCUGACCAACACCAGUUCUUACAGCUCAAAGCCUUCUGUUUAAAGUUUGUUGCAUCUCCAGCAAAUUUGCGAGCCGUGAUGAAGUCUGAAGGGUUUAAGCACUUGAACGAGAGCUGUCCCUCUGUGUUGCCUGAGUUGCUGAACACGGUUGCAGCAGCGGAUAAGAGCUCGACGUCGAGUGGACAAUCAAGCAAGAAAAGAAGUGUGAGCAGUGUGUUGGGCUGUGAUACAAGCACUACCAAUGCGAGGCAAGUGAGGAGGACGUAGGUUCGAUUCUAAGUCCAAGUAGAGCUUUAAUAUGAUGAUACUUUUAAUUACAUGGAAGCAAAGCAUUCACAAAAAUUGUUUUGCUAAGACUUUUUAUUUGUAGUGAAAUAAUUGUUUGUAGUUAUGUCUACAGUAGUGUAAAGCUUUAGGCAAAUGGGACUAAAAGCUUUGGAUUUUAUUAGAUUAAAAGCUUUGGAGUUGAUCUUCUUUUUGUUGAGUAUUUCAUCUUUAAAAAACUCACCAUUGUGUCUUUGUUUUCUCGGAAAAGCUGCCGUGAG